AAUAAGGCAGGGAACCCGCCGCUCUACCAAUUAGCGGGCUCGCCGGAACUGGGGGCGCAGUAUAGUUGCGGGGCUCCCGUCCUCGGGCCAGUGGCGUGCGUGCCAACGCUUGCAGCUUAGUUGCUGCUGGGCGCCUGCUGGGAUCGGUAGCUCGCCCAUCCACUGGCAGCGCCCCCCGAAAACUAGUCUUCUCUCCUGUUGCUGCGCUUGGGCUUCCAACUCUGCCCUGACAUAAACCCCAUUCGCUUUCCUAGUCUUUGCUUGGCUUUCUUGUUCCCAUCUUGUCUCCUCUUGCCAGUGCUUUGCCGUUACUGUAUCAAUCAACAUCCGUUGAUUCCAUUGCAGCACCUCAUCCGCCUAAUCGCCCCCUUCCUAACAAGCCGCCUCGAGCCGUCUUCAAGCUUAGCAUCAUGAAGACUACCGCCGCCGCCUUGACCGCCGCCCUUCUGGCUACCGCCGAAGCCAACUCAUACGUCCAAUGGGAGAUUGAGAGACGUGCUGUCGGUGGUGAAGAGCAAAUCAACCGCCGCGAUACCGUCUUCCGCCGUGCCGCUGGCGCCGUUGAGGAGCCCAUCAAGAACAGUGUCAACGCUUACUUUGCUUCCGUUGCCAUCGGUAACCCUGGCCAGAAGUUCGAUCUCCAGCUCGACACUGGUAGCAGUGAUAUCUGGGUUCCUGCCGCCAGCUCUAAUACCUGCAAGUCGAAGGGUGGCUGCCCUGGAGGAUCCUACGACCCCAAGGCCUCCAGCACCUACAAGAACCUCGGAUCCAACACCUUCCAGAUCUCUUACGCCGACGAGAGUGGUGCUGCUGGCGACUACAUUCAGGAAGACUUUACCAUUGCCGGUACCCUCGUCAAGAACAUGACCAUGGGCCUCGCUCUUAGAACUAAGGAAGUCGAGUACGGCCUUGUCGGCGUUGGCUACAUGCGCAAUGAAGCCUCUACCCAGGCUCCUCUCCGAAAAAUCUACCCUAACCUCCCUGUUGCUCUCCAGAUGCAGGGCAAGACGAACUCCAUCGCCUACAGCUUGUGGCUCAACGACAAGACUGCCGACAAGGGCAACAUCUUGUUUGGCGCUGUUGAUUCUGAGAAGUUCCAGGGCAGCCUGUCUAUCAUGGAUAUCCUUCCUGAUGAGCGUAUCAACAACUACACACAUUUCUCCGUCCCCUUGACUUCCGUUUCCGCCAACAGCUCCUCUGGCAACGAUAUCCUGACCACCCAAGAGACCAUGCCCAUUACUGCCGUCCUUGAUUCUGGUACCUCUCUCACUUACCUCCCUGACGACAUGGCCAAGCAGGCCUGGAAGGAAGCUGGUGCUAUUUACAACAACUCCCCUGAGUUCGGCAUUGCUCUUAUUCCUUGCGAAUUUGGCGAGAACAACAAGGCUUCUUUCACUUUCGGCUUCGCCGGCCCCAACGGUCCCAAGAUUGAGGUCGCCAUGAGAGAUAUGGUUGUCCCUGCUUACAAGGGCAAGGCUCGCCCCUUCCCCAACGGUCCUUACAAAGGCAAGUCCAUCUGCACCUUUGGUAUUCAGAACCAGACCGCUAGCGAGGACCUCCCUGUCUACCUUCUUGGUGAUACCAUGCUUCGCUCUGCCUACGUUGUCUACGAUCUUGUCAACAACCAGAUUGGUAUUGCCCCCACCAAGUUCAAUGCCGCCAAGUCCAACAUUGUCACCUUCGAUAGCAACGGCGCCAAGAUCCCCAACGGCAAGACCAUCGCUGGUGGCGCCAAGAAGGAGCCUACCCCUCCUACUAACCAGUUCAAGGCCCAGUCCGGCUUUGCCUCUGGCGGCGGAUCUAGCACCAGCACUAUCGGCAGCAACGGCAGCAACAGCGGCAGCGGCAGCGAUAGCAGCAACAGCAGCAACGGCAAGGGCGACGGCAAGAACGCCGCUGUCACAACGUCUGCUCUUUCUGGAGCCAGCCUGCUUGUUCUUCUCGGAUCUGUGGUCUACGCCAUGGCCUUUUAAUUUAUGAAUCAACUCGUGUGGAUUGGUUAGACUGGCACUGUGAAGAAGUUGAAAACCGGUAAAUCUUGGAAACGCGACAAGACCAGUUUUUGUAUAAAUUACCUAUAGAAAUACGCACAAUUUGUCCUUAAUUACACUCUAUACCAUUUAAGUGAUUUUUAAUCCCAUUUUGUUUCGUUU